AUGUGUUCAGACCUAUAUGUCUUGUUGGUAGCCUUUUUGUCGAGUUUCAUAAUUAAGCUCAAGACAGAAUGUGGAUUCCAAUUUACCGCAAAAUUAGAGGGCAUGUUAACUGACAUGAAAACCUCUUUAGACACAAUGCAGGGCUUUUAUGCCCGCCACCCUGAGUUAGGUGAUGGUCCUACACUUACUGUGCAGGUUCUAACGACAGGGUCUUGGCCAUCUCUUUCUAGUGUGGCAUGUAACCUUCCAGUGGAAAUGUUGGAACUUUGCGAGAAAUUUCAGUCAUAUUACCUCGGCAUUCAUACUGGCAGGAGAUUGACAUGGCAAACUAAUAUGGGCACAGCAGACUUAAAAGCUACUUUUGGGAAAGGUCAAAGACACGAGUUACACGUCUCAACCUAUCAAAUGUGUGUUCUCAUGCUGUUUAAUGAUGCCGAUAGACUAAGCUACAACGAAAUUGAGCAGGUGACUGAGAUUCCAGCUUCCGAUUUGAAGAGGUGUCUGCAAUCUUUGGCUCUGGUUAAGGGAAGAAAUGUCCUUAGGAAGGAGCCUAUGACUAAAGAUGUCAGUGAGGAUGAUGCAUUCUUUUUUAAUGACAAUUUCAGUAGCAAACUGUAUAAGGUAAAAAUAGGAACUGUAGUUGCAACAAAGGAAUCAGAACCAGAGAAACUGGAAACUCGACAAAAAGUACAAGAGGACCGGAAGUUGCAAAUUGACUCGGCAAUAGUAAGGAUUAUGAAAGCUAGGAAGCAACUUGAUCAUAACAAUCUUAUAGCUGAGGUCACAAAGCUGUUACAGUCACGAUUCCUUGCAAAUGUAACUGAUGUAAAGAAACGGAUUGAGUCUCUUAUUGAGCGGGAAUUUAUGGAGAGAGAUAAUAGAGACAGAAAGCUUGUUUUAUAUAGAUACUUCAAAGGUUUUAAAGGAAAUUCGAAGCAUUCAAAGCAACUUUCUAUGGUGUGGCUGCGAUAG